AAAUUUCAGAUAUUAAACAUGGAGGGAAAUUGUGGUUCACCGUCAUCAUCAGAACAAGCAGCUAACGAAGGUGAUUAUUCAAGUUGUAACAAUCUAAAUUCAAAUGUAGAACGAAAUUCUGCAUGCGAAAAAAAGAAAUUUUAUGGAAUACUUACCUUAUGUGCGAUGAACAUUACAUUGUGCUCCUCACUUCUAAUCAUUUACAACAAUAAUCAAUCAUUACUGAUCGUUGCUAUGAUAAAUUUAGCAUUUACAGUGUUAGCUGCUAUUGCUUUUGCUGUACAUAUACCACAACUUGUUAUCGUUUGUGUCAUUUAUAAAAUUUUAUGUGCGACAUAUUUAUCAUUUCUAAUAUGCAAAUUAAUCGAUGCUAUUGUAAUGGAACAAUGUUAUAUUACACCGGAAAACAUAUGGCUUAUUGUGGCACUUAUAUGCACAACAAUCGAAAUUAGCUUGUUCAGGUUAUUGAUGAACUUUAAAAUAGAAGUGGAAGAAGAGGGAAAUGAACAAAUACAACAAUCACCACCUAAAUAUUCCAGUUGUGCUUUAGCAUCAUCUCCAACCAAUUCACAAUUACCUUCUUAUAAUGAAGCGCUCAAAAUAAUUGAAAAACAAAAAGAUGGUAUGCAGACACAAAAUCCAGGAGUGCAAACUUUGCCACCAGUUUAUACUAUACCAAUUACCGGAACAACAAGGUCAAUGUUUAAAGAUAAUUCAUCAAUUUGAAGAGUUUUUUAUUUAUUUGAAUGUAUCAUAUAUGUAUAAAAAGUAAUUGGUGUAAAAUGGGGUUAUUUAAAACAUAUAUGCGUUUUCUUUUUUUAUUUUCUUUCUCAUACUGAAAUGUUUUAGUGAUA